UGGAAUUCUUCCGACAACGGCUACGAUGUUAUUCUGCACAGCCAGGUUACAUACGACGGUUUGCUAAUGACUUGCAAGGCCAAUGAAGAGUCUGUUCCCUUUUCCCUUUUCAAGGUGGAGCCUUUGGGACAGAGGAAUGUGCGGGUCGUCAUAGUGCAAAUGUACAACCCGUAUGUGAGCAACGCAGCAGUGGCUAUUUUUCUGGGAAAGUAUGGGAAGGUGGAUAAGCCGGUGAAAUACCUGAGGACAAUUACGGUAUUUGGUCAGGUCGGCGACAGUUCCGGGUUCUCUUCGGGGAGGAUCCUGAGAGGGAAAGCUCGGCUGGAGGUCUGGGACUGGAGGGUCCGCGAGGCCGGGGCUCAGGGAAGGAGGGGGAUAGGCUGGUCAGCGGAGGAACAGCAAUCCAGGGUGAAAAAACCUUCCGGCAAGUCACUCGGGUCAGGCGGCCAAGGCGUCACGGAGGAGCAACCAAAACUGGCAAACAGCUCCACCCAGAUAUACUCCUUCAAAUGA